GCGAAAGGAGAGACGGCCGGCCGAGGGCGAGCCGGCCAGGCGUCAGGGCCGCCGAUGGGGGACUGCGGAGUGCCUGCUGGCGUCCAGCUGCUGCUCCGCGCUUGCGACCAAGGCGACUGCGAGUGCGCCCGGAGGCUCUUGCUGGGACCUCCGCCGGCCACCGGGGCCGCUGAAGAGGCGUCGGCGGCGUCGGGGGAGCCGGGCAGCAGCGGGACUGGCCCUGCCGGCGACAUCCCUCCCGGCUCCGUCCCCGUGGACUGCACGGACGAGGCCGGCAACACGGGGCUGCAGUUCGCGGCGGCCGGAGGCCACGAGGAGUUGGUGGGCUUCCUCCUGCGGCGGGGGGCGUCGGUGCAGAGCCGGAACCACUGCGGUUGGCUCUGCUUACAGGAGGCACAGUUUGGGCAUCUAACUGUGGCUCGCAUCUUGCUGGAAAAUGGUGCUGACCUUAAUGCACAGAAUAAAUUGGGGGCCAGUGUACUUACCAUGGCCUGUAGAGGUGGCCACAUAAGUGUAGUUAAAUUUCUGCUGGAAUCAGGUGCUUAUGUGGACAAUUACGACCACUUGAGUACUGGUUUGGACAACAGUAAAGAAGAAUUGCCUGCUAUCACACCUCUGAUGGCUGCUGUCCAGCAUGGACAUGAGGCAGUAGUCCAUCUUCUUUUGGACUGGGGAGCUGAUUGUAAUUAUACUGUGAAGACAAUGGGCUGGACUCCACUGAUGUUGGCAGCUGUUAGUGGAAGAGUAAGUUUGGCCCAACAGCUUUUGAACAAAGGAGCCAAUCCUGACCAUCUGAAUGCACUGCAUAAAACAUCGUAUGAAAUCGCUGUUGACUCCAAACAUGAAGACAUGAAAGAUUAUCUUGCACCAUUGACAACAGUUAGACCCCAGACAGAUAUGCCUUAGAGGCAACCUGAUAUCUUCCAUGCUUUGAAAAUGGGGAACUUUCAGCUGGUUAAAGAGAUAACCGAUGAAGACCCAGCACAGGCCAAUGUUAUUAAUGAUGACGGCGCUUCGCCACUGAUGAUCGCAGCUGUAACAGGACAGUUAUCCCUUGUACAGCUACUUGUUUCAAAAAAUGUAGAUAUUGAUAAGCAAGAUAAUAUUCAUGGCUGGACAGCACUAAUGCAGGCCACUUAUCAUGGAAAUAAAGAAGUUGUUAAAUAUUUAUUAAGUCAAGGAGCUAAUGUCAACUUGCGUGCUAAAAAUGGAUACACGGCUUUUGACCUCAUAAUGCUGCUGAAUGAUCCAGAUGCAGAACUUGUGCGGUUGCUGGCCUCAGCCUGCAUGCAAGGAGACAAAGAAAAGAAUAAGCCAAAUAACAAAGCAGUUGCACCGUUAGCUCGAAAUAAGCAAUCUGUGGAUAUCCCAGUGUUACCUGAUGACAAGGGGGGAUUGAAGUCAUGGUGGAGCAGGAUGUCAAAUAGGUUUCGUAAGCUGAAAUUGUCCCAAACUUUGAACCAUGGAUUUUCCAUAAAUCCAUCUGUGCCUUUCCCAGAAGAGUCAAAAUCACCAUUUGAUUGCACAGUGAAGGCCACAUUACAAAGUGAUAACUCAAUAAACCAUGAUGCCACAACAGCAUGGACAACAAAAAGCAAGUCUGAUGAUAUAGGCAGCACAAAAGCAGGAAAGGGUGAUGAAUUAUUGGCAACAGUGUUAAGAAGUGGGGCUCCAUUUACGAGACUGCCUAAUGACAAACUGAAAGCUGUAAUUCCACCUUUCUUGCCUCCUUCAAGUUUUGAACUAUGGAAUUCUGACAGGACACAAGCAAACAAAGAGGGCAGCAGAGAGCAAACAAGGGUUGGACUUGCGCAUAGAGCUCUCAGUCACAACAACGACAGUGGAAAUUCUGACAAAGGAUCCUUAACCAGAAAUACUAGACCCAUUAAGUUGUCAGCAUUUGCAAGAAGACCUCCUACUCCCUCCAAUGCAAGCAACUUCAACCAUUCCCCCCACUCUUCUGGUGGAUCUAACAACAUAGCGGGAGUGAACCGGCAUGGUGGAGAAAUGCAUAAUAAAUCAGGUGGCAGUGCAGACAGUGUUUUGUCUCAAAUUGCUGCUCAAAGGAAAAAAGCUGCUGGAAUACCAGAACAAAAACCAAGCCAACCACAAACACCCAUAGAUUCAGCUCCCUUGCUUUCUCCUCCUGAUAUGGAAAGUUCACAGACUAUUGGGAAUGGGCACCUUCUAAAGAAGCUGGAAAUGAAUAAAAAGCCUCCCUCUGAGAAUUCUUCUACUUCUAAAAGCACAUCCCCAACUCUUACUCCCUCACCAUCACCAUCGCUGUCCCCCAAGGUUCAAAGUGCGGAGUCCUCUCUGUCCUCCUCUCACAGGCAAGGCAAGAGCAGUGGUGGCUCCAGCAGUGGUACUCUGACGGAUGAAGAUGAACUCACAGGCAUUCUUAAAAAGCUCUCACUUGAGAAGUAUCAACCUAUUUUUGAAGAGCAGGAGGUGGAUAUGGAAGCUUUUCUUACUCUCACAGAUGGUGAUUUAAAGGAAUUGGGCAUAAAAACUGAUGGUUCUAGGCAACAAAUUCUGGCCGCUAUUUCUGAACUGAAUGCAGGAAAGGGCCGAGAGAGAAAAAUUUUACAAGAGACUAUACACAACUUCCAUUCUUCCUUCGAAAGCAGCGUUAGCAACACUAGGCCUAGAAAACCUCAAUCACCCCGAAGCUGGGUAAGGCCACAAGAACCUUCUCCCACGAAGAGGUAGCCAUGGACCUCUGCUUUGAAAUCUGGAGCACAGUUGCUGGAAUCCAGCUGUCUUGAAGAAAAAAGUAUCAAAUGGACGUUUAUAAGAGCUUUUCAUUACAGAAUGUGCAGAAAAAUAGCUGUAUUAACAACAUUAUAGGUUCCAUUCUGUAUUGUCAAUUUGGCUUUAAUGAAGCUGAUCAAAAAGCAGAAAUUAAUUAAAAUUUAAUGACUUGAUAGUUGAUAGGUGGUGGAAGAUCAUCAAGCACAAACUGUAACGCAAGAAGAUGAAUGGAUUAUUUCACAGAAAUGAAAAUCUUAUACAACUAUUGUAUAAGAUAAGAAAAAGCAUCAACAAAAUAUCUGUAUUGAAGUCAGCCUAUAUAACUUCUGAAUUGGUUAUCAAUAUUAUGAUAAUAGAACAAAUAUAGAAAUUCAUUUUUUUAAAAGAACUGCAGUCAUUUUCAUAGAUGAGUGCACUGAAUGCAUUGUUAUUUUAUUGAAUUGUGCCUGAGGCAUUUUGUUUAUUAAACAGCAAAUACAAUUUGUAUUGAUACAUAUUUGAACUAGAUUUUUCUACCUUAAGAAAACUUCUAAUGUGUAACUACUUUUUAUAUUCAUGCAUGGGAAGUUAAGGUUUGAGCAUACAGACUGUAUAUACAUUAUUCACAACACAAACUUUGGAAACAAGGUACAGUACUCUACAGGGAGAAGUGCAGCUGAGCGGCUAACAGGUUUUUAUAGUGUUCCUGGAGGAAAGGCAUAAUAAUUAUCUUAAUAUUAUAAACUCAGUAAAAGGUACUAUGCGCCAGAAGUUGUUUUGCCAACAGAUCUGUUGAAGCCAGAAAAAAAAGUUAAAUGAUACAUUUUAUAGCACAGUUUUGACACUAAUACUUUGGCAGGAAGAAGCAUGAGGUCUUAAUACCGAAAGAGAAAAUAAUAGAGUUGUAUGUGACAGUCAAAAGAAAUAAGCAGCAAAGGGCCCAGGAAGGUCAGCCAUGCAGAUGUCCAAUAAACAAUAGGAUAGUAGCACACUAUUCUCCUUGAACUGGA